AUGGCAGCAGCUCCAGGCUCCCCUGCACCCAGAGCUGCCAAGUCCUGCAAGAAGCAGCGCACGGUGAAGCGGCAAACCGGCAUCUACACCUACCAGGAGCCUCCCCACAGCAACUCAGAAGACGAUGCUGGUGAAGAGAAGGCUGAGAGCCAUGACCCAGAGCAGAUCUUUCAGAACAUCCAGUACCAGAAGGAGAUCAUGUCCAACAUCCGCUGCCGGCCGUGGCCCAUGCGGCAGAAGCUGAGGGCGCUCAGGCAGGCCAAGGAGAUCGUGCUCAAGUACGAGGGGAGGCUCACCAGAACCAGAGGGUACCAGGCUGCUGGGGCAGAGCUUUGGAAGAAGUUCAUUAGACUUGCAUACAAUUUUGUGGUAAUCUUUAUUCCUUGGGAAAUGAGAAUAAAGAAAAUCGAGAGUCAUUUUGGGUCUGGAGUUGCCUCUUACUUCAUCUUCCUGAGAUGGCUGUUUGGAAUCAAUAUUGUCCUUACCAUAAUGACAGGAGCAUUUGUAGUCCUACCAGAGCUCCUGGCCGGAGCCCCGUUUGGCAGCACGCUCAGCAAGACCAUUCCCAAGGAGCACAUUGCAUCUGCUCAGGACCUGGACACCAUCUGGUCCCUUGGGGGCUACCUCCAGUACUCUGUUCUGUUUUAUGGCUAUUAUGGCCGGGACAGGAAGAUUGGGAAAGCUGGAUACCGGCUGCCUCUUGCCUACUUCCUUGUUGGAAUGGCUGUGUUUGCUUACAGCUUCAUCAUCCUUCUAAAAAAAAUGGCAAAGAACUCAAGAAUGAGUUUAGCAAGUGCCUCUGAUGAAAAUUACACUUUCUGCUGGAGACUGUUCUGUGCUUGGGACUAUUUGAUAGGAAACCCUGAGGCUGCAGAGAGCAAAGCUGCAGCCAUAGUCAACAGCAUCAGGGAAGCUAUAUUGGAAGAGCAGGAAAAGAAGAAAAGCAAAAACCUGGCAGUGACCAUCAGCUUAAGAAUUAUUGCAAACAUCCUUGUGCUUCUGUCCCUUGCUGGAAGUAUUUACAUCAUCUACUUUGUCGUGGAUCGAUCCCAAAGGCUGGAGCGCACCAAGAAGGAAUUGACUCUUUGGGAAAAAAAUGAGGUCAGUGUAGUUGUGUCGCUGAUCACAAUGAUUGCACCCUCUGCUUUUGAACUUGUGGCAGCUCUGGAGAUGUACCAUCCAAGGACCACUCUUCGCUUCCAGCUUGCCAGAGUUCUUGUCCUAUACCUGGGAAACCUCUACAGUUUAAUCAUUGCCCUCCUGGAUAAAGUGGACAGUAUGAGUGUCACUGACUCUGAUGUGAACAGCAAUGCAAGUAAUUCUACCACCUCCUUGGCAACCAACACUCUUUCUAAGGACGACAAUGUAACCAUUCCUAAUGUACAAAUUAAGAGAAAUGGCUUUGUCAUGUCAGAGGAGCAUCGCACCCAAGGCCUGACAGACUCACUGGUUAACCAAACAAUUUCCCUUAACACCCAGAACCCACAGGAUCAGUGCUGGGAGACAUAUGUUGGUCAAGAGAUGCUCAAGCUUUCAAUUAUCGACAUGAUUUUCACAGUGGCAAGCAUCCUGCUAAUUGAUUUUUUCCGUGGGCUGUGUGUCCGCUAUCUGAGUGAUUGCUGGUGCUGGGAUCUAGAAAGCAAGUUUCCAGAAUAUGGAGAAUUCAAAAUUGCAGAGAACGUAUUGCAUUUGGUCUACAACCAAGGAAUGAUCUGGAUGGGAGCUUUCUUUUCACCUUGCUUACCAGCCUUCAAUGUGCUCAAGUUGAUUGGACUCAUGUACCUGAGGAGCUGGGCUGUGGUCACAUGCAAUGUACCACAUCAGCAGGUUUUCAGAGCAUCUCGAUCCAAUAAUUUCUACUUGGCCAUGCUGCUGUUUAUGCUGUUCUUGUGCAUGUUACCAACAAUUUUUGCUAUUGCCCGAUAUAAGCCAUCCUUAAGCUGUGGCCCUUUCAGUGGUCAAGAAAAAAUAUAUGAUAUUGUUUCUGAGACAAUUCAAAAUGAUUUUCCCACAUGGUUCAACACAGUGAUUACUUACAUCAGCAGUCCUGUGGUUGUCCUGCCUGCACUACUCCUGUUAUUCAUGCUAAUCUACUACCUACAAAGUAUUGCAAGAUCAUUAAAAUUCACCAACAGUCAGCUGAGAAUGAAGAUACAAACGGAAAGAACUGAAGAUAAGAAAAAGGUGGUUCAGAUGGCAGUAGCCAGAAUCCAAAAUCUGGAUGCUAAUGACAAAAGACCAGAGCAAGAAACUGAUAUCAUCAGCCAGGAGUCUUCUGCUCGGUCCUCAACACCCCGAAAGAAUGGCAGUGUCUUGAACUUUGAAUCUCCCGUGAGCAAAGGCACCAGAAUUCAAACCAUUUCCCAGUCUGUGCCCCAAGCUGUGCCAGCAACUGAUGUUGUGAGACCUGCCAAUGCAACUCCCACAACUUCGACCUCUUUAACACCAGCUCCCUCUGUGUCAAGUGUACAGAAACCAAGAAAUGAUCAUAUCACAAACAGAUACCCAAGUGUUGUCCAUAGGAGUGCAAGUGAGCUGUGCAAAACAAAGCCCUACACACCAGUGACUUUCAAAAAGCACACUGAAGAUGUCCAUUCUGAGCCUCUGUUCAGAAAAGCCAUUCGGCAGGUAAAUUCGGAUGCCCUUGGGGCAGGGGCUCCUGUAUUUUUGGGAUGCAGACCGUAUGCUACCAGGUAUUUUCUGGUUAAUGAAAACGAGUCCCGCAAAAAAUCGCUGCGUUCAACCUCCCGACUCCAAAGGCACUUCAGAAAGGAGGAAGCAGGAGACAUUAUUGAGUUGUAUCCCCGCCAUGUCAGGAGAUACGUGGUUCGGACACCACACCAGAUGUAUUCCCCUCAUCCCAGUGAAGAUGAGGAGGAUGAAGAAGAACUUGAGAAAGAAUUCAUGAACAGAUCCCAUCGCCCUCGCUCGCUGUCUGACCUUCGGCCAGCAUCACGGUUUUACAUUGGGGAUCGUGCUGAUGGCCACAUUCUAAUGAGCAAAGAUCUAGCCAGAGUGCAUUACAAAUCCUGGGAUGAUGGUUUUGAGCUGGACCUGGACAGGCCUCCAUAUGCGUACAAGAAAGUACACCUGAACUAUCCUGAGCCACGUGUGAAACCAAAAUCAAAGCAAAAGCUGGAGCAAUCUCUAACAGAGUCUGAUUCCAUUUCCAUUGAAUCCAGCAGUGAUCCGCAGAACAGCAGCAAUGACCAGUACAUCCAGGUCAUUCAUACCAAGGACAAGUAUCCAAAAACUGGGGCAAAACUCGCCAAAAAGAAAUCUAAAAACAGUGUUGAUCUAAGUAUGUCUGAGCCUAGUGAACUGGUGUGCUCAAAUGUCUGAGAAAGUGCCCCUGCCUCGUUGUGUUUUGAGCCGGUGUAUGUGCAGUUGUGCUUUAUUUGCUGUUGGAGGUCUGUCAGAGUAACUGCAAUGUAGUUUUUGUAAAAAUCGUGUAUGCAGCUGCUCAAGCUGGGAAAAGCCUUGUUUUACUCUUUAUUGUACCUUGCUUUAACAUCACAACUGAUAUGUCGCAAAUCUUAGAAAAGAAGGUUAUUCCAAUUUAUUCCCUACUGUUACGCUGUUAAAACCCAAAAUCUCUGCCUACUGGAAAA